AUGGAUUUCCUCAAAAUUGCUGGGAAAUUAGCUGGUGGUAAACCAGGCCAGGAUCAGACCCAAGGUUCCGGCAGUUCAGGUUUGAUGCAUAAGAUUACGGACGCAGUCACUGGACAAAAUCACCCCGGAGAGAAACAAAAUCAACGACCCUACGUUAGCUUUCCUGGCAACAUGAGUGGCCCAGGAGCUUACCAAAACAUGCAGCACUCUGGAAAUCCAACGGGUCAUUAUCAGCCAAGUGGUGGAUAUGGGUAGAUGGGUGGCCCUUCCCCAGGCAAUCACCAGGGUCGUCCUGCUGAAGCCCAUUCGGGAUCCUAUGAUCCUAGGUAUCCAGGUAGAGAUCAGCACUAUGGGGUUCUGGAGGUCCUCCGC